AUGGCACGAACAGAAACCCCCAAAAAGCGAGUUUCCAAUCUCGUCGGCCGCUUCGAACAACUAGCCCAAUCAUCACCAGUCCAAGAACUUUCCAAUCGAGCAUCGCCAACAUCACCACUUGCACCAUCCCACCACAUCGACAAGAAAUGGCUAUCCUACGAUCGAAGAACGCUAUCUCUGUCUUCAAUGCCCAGUGCACCCUGUCUCUCCGUAAAACUAGAACGAGAACUCACUCGCAACGCAAAACUGCGCAUCGAGAUUGAAGAACUGCGAAGUCGGUGCACAGAAAGCGACGAUGUGUUGAGUAUACUAUCUCAGCGGCUGGAGGAAGGCACUGAGCUGCAAGCAUCCCUGCACAUCCAGACGUCAGGUUUGCAGACAAAAGUCGAUAGAUUGGCAGACAAACUUGCCAGAAGAGAUAAAAUUCAGAAGGCAGAGUAUGAGCGCAGGAUAGUAGCAGUAGCGAACGAACGCGAUAUGCUGGCCUCAAAACUACGGAUGGCCGACGCAAGUGUUGAACGAGCUCGGGUCUUGCAAGAGGUUGUCGAGACAGCAGACGAGAGAGCCAGGAUCGCGGAUGAGAAGGCGCAGAUCGCCAGUAAUCGGAUAUUGACAUUACGGAAGCAGUUACUGGAACUCAAGAAGGAUACUGCUGCUCGAUCUGGGACUUCAGCGGAUGUCAGCGAUCGGGAUAUCCUUGAUAUGAUGAACAAACUUAACCACCUCGUUCAAAAUUGGUGUGUUAGCAGCUUUCGGAAGAUAAAGAUUGAUCCACGCAGGAUGGUCUGUAGGUUCGAAAAGAUAGCGGCUCUGCAGAAAGCAAAGUCCUUACGAAAACUUUAUGCUACCUUCGACACAAGCAUCAAGAUCUUCACCUUCCAAGCUACAGUAUUACACCUUCUUAUGCCAAUCUUCGACGCGCAUUUCUUUGGACUACCGGAAGAACUGAGAGGGUUAGACUCUGCCGCUUGGGAAAUGGAAUCACUGACUACAGCCUUCAAUGAAUGGAGAGCAAUGACAUACGACCUUUUACGGAACGGCGAUGAAGAGAUGAAAAAGCGAUGUCAAGCCUCUCAAGCGAAAGCGCAGACACAAAUAGUAGAGCAAAUCUGCAAGACGAUGUCAGCACUGACCGGAACAGUCAUCUUGGAAGAGCAGAAACGCACUCUGGAUGCACUAGUUGAGCAUGCUGUCACAUUAUCCCAGCUUUUGGGGAGCCAGCGGGCUAUGUAUCGGUGUUUUCUGCCACAAGCUAACGAACAAGGCGUUCUCAAGUUCGAGAUCAGCGCGAUGGAGAAUCUGAUGGACGAGCGGGGGAGCGAAGAUGUUGCAAAGGAUGUUAGAUGCGUAGUAUCUCCAGCUUUGAUCAAGCAAGGAGGCGAAAGAGGCGAAAAGAUGGAAGUGGAGAACGUUCUCGUCAAAGCCAAAGUCAUUUGUGUUGAAGAAGACUUGGACGAUGACAGUCCCGUGGACUGA